GACCUGAAUCAUGUGGAUCAUUGGUUCAAGCUGUUGACGGAUACAGAACAAAUGGCCGUGCUCUACACACUCUUGCAGCAUUGCUCGCAGAAUAAUGCCCGAUUCUUCAUUACGGUUCUCCAGCAGAUGGUGGAUAGACGUCAUCCUCGCUCCAGGACGUCUGAUCUCAUCGGUAAUACUACAGAGAGCUUAGCAUACAUAUCCAUUCUCUAUUGGAGUAGGAGGAGAUUGGCAGAGCGUGAAAAACGACUCGCUCUUGGGGUGCUAUGA